UGUUUUAUUCCGUCUCAAUCGUUCGAUUGGAUCGGACGUACCUAGUUCACUCUCCGCUUCUUUCUGUGGUGAUUCAUAUUCAGUGGAAGGUUUGACUUUGAAGCUCAGUCUGGUCUGAGAAAAUUGGAAGCCGACACCGUACGCCAUCUUCAUUAAAUCGCCGCCGCCCAUUCUGCAUCGACGAAGUUCGCUCGUAUUCGACGUAAUCGCAAUCGACGUUUCCGACGUAUAUCAACGCAUCGUCGACAUCUACGCAAGGCACGCACACUCGUCGAUUGAACGGUUUGAACAGUAAAAAUGAGCGAAGAGAAGGGCACUAGAGUCUACGUCGGCAACCUCACCGAUAAAGUGAAGAAGGAAGAUCUCGAAGGAGAAUUCACCAAGUACGGUAAAUUGAACUCUGUUUGGGUAGCUUUCAAUCCCCCAGGUUUUGCUUUCAUUGAGUUCGAAAACAAAGAGGAAGCCGAAUCGGCAUGCGACAACCUGAACGGCCAGGAUAUCCUCGGUUCCAAGCUUCGGGUUGAGAUCUCCAAGGGUCGUCGUAAUCCACGUGGGGGCCCACGAGGAUUCCGUGGUCCACCAGGACGAUCCGGCAGCAGCGGUGGUUUCCGUUCCAGCUCUCGGGGUGGUUUCCGCGACGGAGGUGGCUACCGCAAUGGUGGCAGCAGUGGAGGUUUCCGUGGUGCAAGCCGUAGCGGAAGCCGCUUCGAUAGCUACGGAAGCAGCCGCUCCAGCGGUGGAUCUGGUGGCUACAGCCGUGAUUCGGGCCGCGAUAGCUACAGCAGUGGCUUCGGAAGCGGCUACGGGGGUGGUCGAAGCAGUGGCGGCGGCGGCGGACGGUUCCGAUCAAGAUCACCAGUUGGCGCUCGCGGUAGAUAUUAAGUGAAUAGCAUUUAAGCUGAUUGAGCUACUGUCCCACGUUCUAUGCGGCGUAACAUUUUCUCCACAAAAUAAAUGCAACGCCAUAUACAACUUAAACCAUGGGUGCAGUUGCCCAUGCACGGUCUUAUUUAUUGUACUGGCAAUGAUUUAAUGUUUUCAUUCACUCUAUGGCAAUAGAGAACUUAUUUGGCACUUGCAAAUUUCUCACAUAAACAGCUGUAGAUGAAUUAGACUUUACUGAUUUAUGAUUCAAUAACUCCUAGAACAAUUGUUUAGACAGCAUAAUCGAUGUCGUAUUGGAAAGGGAGAAUAUUUUGAGAUUCGCCAAAAAGAAAAGUAAAACUAUUUUGUACUGUUU